CGCCAUCUAGUGUCGAACUUCCAACCUUGAUUAUUAGGACCAGUUACUGGCACAUGCCCCCCAUUGGGGAUACAGCCAUAAGGAAAGGAAGGAAGGAAAGUUAAUGCUGGCAAAAUGUCAUAAUAGAUAAUAGUCGUAUAAUAUAAAAAUAGGGUUUUACUGUGUUAUAUGUUCAUGUAAACAUUAAAAUGUUCGGCACGCUACGUAACAAGUUUCAAUCUGUACAAGAAGGUAUAUCUGCUAGUAUAAGAGGCUUAUCGGUCGCUGAAAGUUCCAAACCUAAAAAAUUGACCAAUAUUAGAAAUGUCAACUAUAAUGCUGGUGCUGAUGUUUUACAUCACUUUCAAAUGAGAUGGAAUGAACUGCAUGAGCUUGCAGAAGAAAAUGCAGAAAAAGCUCAACAAGCUGAUGCUCUCAUUGCAAGUAUUCAUGACCAAUUGGAAUAUGAAUGGAACAAUGUUACCCAGUUAAACAAUACCUUGGCUGCUAUACCCAAAAUAAACAACGAUAUCCAAAACCUUAUGGAUCAAAUAGGAACACUCCAGGAACUGUUUGAAGAAGUUGAAACAUCUUUAUUCCAACUGCAAGACUUGAAUGAAACUUUGGACUUACAAAGUAGACAACUAGAUCACAGAUUUCAGCUAGCCUUAUAUAAAGAGAAAAAGUUAUCUGAACUCGAUUCUACAAGAGCAAAGCUAGCAGGAAAGCAUUCUGAGAAAGUUUUGCAGCAUGAAUUGAAGCAACAACAAAUUCUAAAAGAACGGCAGGAAACAUUUGAGGAAGCUUUUAAAAAGGAACUGGAAGAAUACAAAACAACAGGAAUUAUACCCAAAUUAGGAACGUUCCAGAAAGGUCCAUCAUUGGAAGAAGUUGAUUUAGAUGUUGCAGACUCAUCAGACUUGGACGAAUUUCUAAAAAGUUAAACGAUGAACUAGCUUCAAAAAGUUCAAUGAAAAGUGCCAGAAUAUUCAUUGAGUUUAACUCACUUUCCAUUAUGAAUGGAAAAUGUAAUUGUUACUAGCAUUAAAUCGUGUAUUAUUUUAAUAUUAUCUCGAAUAAAGCUCAAGGCUGAAAUGA